AUGUCAGAGGUUGAGGAACUCAAACCGAAACGGAAGAGACAAAGGCUCACGUAUACGUGUAAUUAUUGCAGAAAGAGAAAGAUUAAAUGUGAUAAAGCUAAACCAAAAUGUUCAAACUGUCAGAAAUUUGGUCGUGUAUGUGAAUAUGAAAUGCCAUAUUGGGUGAAUACUAGUGUUCAACAAAAUAAUGCUGUCAUGACUGAUGUUAUUUCUGAAAAUGAACAUCAAAAUAAAACCAGAGAAGAGUUAUAUGAUGUGAUAAAUUAUUGGAAAUCGAGAUCUGUGAAUAAUGGAACCAAUACAAGUACUCCUGAUUUUGAAAAGAAAAAUCCUGAAUUAGGUGAACAUGCUGAUGAUAUUAUUGAUCUAUAUGCUUCUUAUGACAGUUUAACCGAGAAGCAUUCAAGUGAAGAAGACAAUAAACCAUUAAGCACAAUGUCAGUAUAUAAAGCUGAUCAUUACAUGAUGUUUUUCUUGUGCUUUAAAUACAUAACUUUACAAAUAGCUUCAAAUUCACUGACUAAGAAAUUUGAAGAAGCUGGUUGGAAAUCAAGACAUCCAGAUGGUGCAACAAAAUGGUUAACUUUAUUGGAUCAAAAAGAUGGGGAUUUUGACUUGAAAAAUUCAAUCAAAAGAGUUACAAAUGAUAGAUCUCAACUGUUCAAAACAAAUAUCUUACCAUUUACAACUAUUGAAAAUUCUGAUAAUGUUCAGACUGAAGCUUUAAUUAAAGAUAUUGAAUCGAUAUUACCAGGUAAAUUAUUACUUGAUGUUUACUUGAACUUUUUUUUCAGAAAUAUUUGGCCAAUAAGACCGUAUGUUGAUGAAGAAUUGUUCAGACAAGAUAUCAAAAGAUUGAUAACUUUUGAAGAUGAAAAUGAUCCAGCUUGUUUGAAGGCAAAAGUUGAAUUAAGUCAAAGAUCUGAUUUUGCUACUUUAGCCACAUUGCUCAUCAUUUUAAGAUAUACAUCAAUAUCAAUUCAAGUUGUUGAUGAUAAGGAUCUAUCACUUUCGACAUUACCUUUCAGGCAAAACCUUAUUUCUGUUAGUGUGAUCCCUUUAGCUCAAAGGUGUCUUUCAAUUUAUAAAUUAUUGAAAAAAAGUUCAUUUCCAAUGAUCCAAGCAUUACUUUACCUAAGGGUUUAUUAUAAAGAUUGUCCAGAAGAUGGUGAUGGAUUAACACUAGGCCAAUCGCAAAUGCUUUUUGGAAUGAUUGUUCAAUCUGCAAUCUCAAUAGGACUACAUAGAGAUCCUAAACAUUAUGCUGCAUCUACUGAUGUGAGGGUUGCAAACGCUAAAAGAAGGAUUUGGUACGAAAUUGUUUCCUUGGAUGUUCAAACUGGUAUUUUAUCAGGUACUUUAAGUGUUGUUCCAUCUUCAAAGAUGACGUGUGUAAAGUUACCAGUUAUUACAUUAGGUGACCCUUUGGAAAGAGCUCAACUAGAUGAAUUGGAGAAAGAGGUUGAGUUGCAAGCUAUUCAUGAAGAAUUAGUUGAAAGGAUCAAUAGAAUGGAUGAAGCACCGACUUUGCAAAAGUUGGUUGAAUUGUUGGAUAAUGCAAGAACUUAUGUAAAUGAAAAUUAUUCAAUGUCAUUCAUGAGUUCAAUUUCCAAUAGUGAGGAUAAUUCGCAAAUAUAUAAGGCUGCCAUGCUUAGAAAUUACAAGAUUAUGGAGAAGAAUCUUUUACAAAUUUGCUUAGAGAUCACUGUUUAUCAUAUUUUAUACAUUCAAUAUGAAGAUAACAAACGAUUGGAUCCUCGCAUGUUUAAGCACUUCUUUAAGAAAUGUCUUGAAAGUACAACUAUUGGGUUUGAUAUUUCAAGUGCAUAUUUAUCAGGUGCUUUGAAAAAUUAUAUCAAUCCUGUGCAAGCAAGUUUUGCGUUAUUUCCAAUAAUAACUACAUUAACAUACAGAAUGGUUAAUACAGUAUCAGCUGCUUUAUUAAGAAGUUUUCAUGCACAAGAAUUAUUGGCUUGUGUUUUUUAUUCAACAGAUGAUUGUCAUCUCAACAUUCAAGCAUUUAACGAAUUUAUCAACUCAUUGUGCAAUAUCUGUGAAAAUCAUUUGAACAUUUAUGAACAAACAAUUGGUGCCAAAUAUCAUUUAUCUUUGAAGGUGAUUUGUUCUUGUAAAUUCAGUUAUGCAUCAUUGAAAAAACAUAGAUUCUCUGUAUUGAACAAAAUUGUCAGUUUUUUAGAAACAAAUGAUGAUGGUAAAGUUACAGACAUUUUUUGGAAAGGUGCUAAAAAGCAAGACAUUAGAACUUUAUUUCAACUAAACACAGGAAUGUUUGAAGUUUAUUCUCAAUGGAUGCAAUUGAGUAAAUCAUACACAGCUGCCCUUAAAGCGCAGUAUAGAGAUCAUCAGCCGGUUUGUGAUGUUAUUGUUAACAUCAACCAUUCUAAUCAUUUCACUAGAUUAACAGAAACUGACUUGAAUGAAUUUGUGGAGAUCUUAACUGGUGGAUACAGGUAUUGUUCUGUUUCAGCAAGCACUAAAAAUGUGGAGCAAGAAUUUUCAAGUGGUGUAUCAAGUGCUAGUAGUGAUUCAUAUGACAGUUUUUAUGAUAUUUUGGCUCAAGAUCCAAUGUUUAGCGCUCAAAUGUCUAAUGUUUUACAGAGAAGCCGCUCAAAUAUCAUCGAUAAAGAAAUGAAUCCUGACAUGAAUGAUGUUGUGAAUGAACUUUUUCAGCCUACCACUGAUCUAUUGGGCCAAUUUGAUGAUUUAUUGCACUAUUAA